AUGGACGCCACGCGCCGCGAGGGCAUGGGCAAGUCGUCGACCGGGCCGGGGUCGUCGAUGCGGUCGGCGGCGACGGUGCGGCGGCUGGCGAUGUACAAGACGCGGCCGUGGCGCAACAGCAAGGGCCAUGUGCUGCACACGGACCUGCAGUCCAAGGCGCUCCCCAACACGCGCAUCAAACCCGACCGCCGCUGGUUCGGCAACACGCGCGUGGUGGGGCAGCGCGAGCUGGAGCGGUUUCGCGAGGAGCUGGGCAGCAAGGUGUCGGACGCGUACACCGUCGUGCUCAAGCACCGCACGCUGCCGCUCUCGCUCCUCAACCACCAACCGCAGGGCAAGGCGCGCGUGCACAUAGUGGAGACGGAGCCGUUCCAGGACACGUUCGGGCCGGGCGCGAAGCGCCGCCGCCCCAAGCUGGGCGCCGCCGCCGAGGGCUACGAGUCGCUGCUGCAGCACAGCGCGGAGAAACAGGAGUCGUUUGCGGGCAAGGCGGGCGGCAGCGAGGCGUUGACGCGCGCGCAGGACGCGGAGGACGGGGUGCGCGCGGUGGUGCGGCACAGCAUGUUCGACAAGGGGCAGAGCCGGCGCAUCUGGGGCGAGCUGUUCAAGGUGCUGGACUCGAGCGACGUGGUGGUGCAGGUGCUCGACGCGCGCGACCCCAUGGGCACGCGCUGCACGUACCUGGAGAAGCAUUUGAGGGACAAGUGCCCCCACAAGCACCUGCUGCUGCUGCUCAACAAGUGCGACCUGGUGCCGUCGUGGGUGGCAAAGGGGUGGCUCAGAACGCUGUCUCGCGAGUACCCCACGCUCGCCUUCCACGCCUCCAUCACCAACCCCUUCGGCAAGGGGUCGCUGCUGUCGCUGCUGCGGCAGGUGGCGAGGCUGAAGAGUGACAAGCAGGCCAUCAGCGUGGGCUUCAUCGGCUACCCCAACGUCGGCAAGUCGUCCGUCAUCAACACCCUGCGCACCAAGAAGGUGUGCUCGGUGGCGCCAGUGCCAGGCGAGACGAAGGUGUGGCAGUACAUAACGCUGAUGAAGCGCAUCUUCCUCAUCGACUGCCCGGGCGUCGUGUACGCGGACGCGCGGGACAGCGAGACCAACGCGGUGCUCAAGGGCGUGGUGAGGGUGGCCAACCUGGAGGACGCCGACCAGCACAUCCCUGACGUGCUCAACCGGGUGAAGCCGGCUUACAUCUCCCGCGCCUAUGGCAUUGAGAAAUGGUGUGUGCCGUGCCUCGCUCCUCCCCCUCCCUCCUCUUUGUCGAGACCAACGAGACAAAGGGACAGCGAGACCAACGCCGUGCUCAAGGGCGUGGUGCGGGUGGCCAACCUGGAGGACGCCGACCAGCACAUCCCUGACGUGCUCAACCGGGUGAAGCCGGCUUACAUCUCCCGCGCCUACGGCAUCGAGAAAUGGGAGGACGCCACAGACUUCCUCUCGCAGAUGGCCAAACGCUCUGGCAAGCUGCUCAAGGGCGGGGAGCCGGACGUGAAGACGGCGGCUAAGAUGGUGCUGCACGACUGGCAGCGGGGCAAAAUCCCCUUCUUCACCCCCCCGCCCGACUCCGACGCGCUCCCUCACAAGGGCGCGGGGGGCAAGGCCGCAGGGAAGCAGGGCGCUGGGGGGGCGGAUGCAGAGGGGGCGGAAGGGGUAGGGGCGGAGGGGGAGGUAGGGGAGGGGGAGAGUGCGGAGCAGCGGCAGGUGAGUGAGCAGAUGGAGAGGAUGACUGAGGUGCUGCGCGAGGUGGCAAGGCGGCAGCAGAACAUGCGCGUUCCCACCAAUGCUGGACUGGCCUUUGAUGAGGAGGACGCGCGGGGGCAGGGGAGGAUAGGCAAGCGGGCGAAGCGGGGGGGCGAGGGGGAGGGAGGAGGAGAGGAGGGGGAGGAGGAGGAAGAUGAGGAGUUGGAGGAGGAGGAAGUGGUGGAAGAGGAGGACGAAGAGGAUGAGGAGGGCGAGGAGCGGGAGGAGGGAGAGGAGGUAGAGGAAGGAGAGGAGAGAGAGGAAGGAGAGGAGGGAGAGGAAGGAGAGGAGGAAGAGGCAAGAGCAGAGGGGUCAGAGGAUUCAGAGAAGGAAGGGGAGGCAGGCGAAGGGAGAGAAGAGGAGGAGGUGGGGGGAGGCAGAGGAGGAGCAGCAGGGGAGGAGGUGUCCUGGGAGGAGCUGGUGUCGGGUGUGGGGCGGACAGCGCCACAGCCGGCCAAGGGGGGCCAGGGGGACAGCGAGCAGCAGCGCCCAGUGGGCAGAGGGGGUAAGGGGGGCGGGGGGCAGCAGCAGGAGGGGGUGGGGCGGAAGGCGGAGCUGAGCAGAAGGGCGAGGGCAGCAGCAGCGAGGGCACAGAAGCAGGUGGAGGUGCAGGAGAGGAAGAGGGAGUGGAGUGGCGCGCAGGACAAGGGCAAGGGCAAGGGGAAGGGCAAGAAGCGGAAGGACAUGUGA